UCUGUACAAAUUCAAAUGAAGUGGAUGUACGCAAUUAUAGGCAACCGUACGGCCUUCAACAAUGACCCAAUAAAAACCCAUACCGUAUAGUCGGCUAGAAAACGCCUCGACAUAAAAAAAUAUGAAACAAUUCAAUUGAGAAAAAUAACGGCCUAAUUUAUAACAAAACAAUUUACGUAAAAAAAAAUAUGACAGACAUGAACCAACGACAACCACUGAACUACAGGCAGUCUAUUUAAUAGUACCGAAAUCCGUACACUUAAGUUGAUAUUAUAAAAGAACAAUUUACCAAUUUGCUAAACAUCUUGGUCCUAAAUUAUUAAGAAAAUACAUGGACAAGGUACUUGAACUAAUAACAUUAAUCAAUUUUUCUGCACCAGAUGUGCAUUUCGACAAUUAAUAAAUGUCUCUUCUGUGAUGCUCGAGGCCAAAAUAUUUGAAAAUCCAAAGAUUUAAAAAAAAAAAGGAAAAGCUUAUAAACCAAAAAAGGACAAACAUGUACAGCCAAGGAAUCAGACCUUUGCAUGAGGGAGAUAUAUUCCUUAAUCUAAAAUAGUUUCCUAAAUUUUGUAACAGCAAAUUUUGAUAACACAAAAUCCUUUCAUGUCAGUACCGAAGUACUGGCUAAUGGGCUGGUGAACAGUGAGAAUACAUUGUUUUUACACAUAUUGAUUCAUGACUGAUUGCUAAUUACAGUAACAGAAACUUGUGUAAUAUUAACCAAGUUGCAGUACACCAUGGGCCUAAAUUAUUUAAAAUAAAAUUCGGACACGGUAUUGUAUUUUUCACGCGUAUUGAUUCAGUAUACUAACUAUUAUAUUUGCUAAUAACUGUAACAAAAAUAUAUGUGAUGUUUACAUACCGAAAAAUUUAAACUGCUUAUGUACAUAAAACUUGUAAUAAGUUUGCAUAUGUCUACAGUAUAGCGUAUUUUAAAUAUUUUUAAACUACCUGUACACUUACAUACGUAUGUAUUGUUUUUCAUUACCAAUAUAUAAGCCACUUAAAGGUUUUCUGGUCUUUUCAAACAGGGAGCAAUUACACGACAGGGAUAAAACAAGAACACUGUACUAGGGUAACACAGUUCUUGUCGCUUGAAUGAUGAACAGAAAGAGAGGACUAUGGAAAACCACUCUAAUUUUCAUACUUUCCAUUCUUUUUAUUUACAUGAUCAUCCCGAAAAAUGCCACCAAAUGUGUUACAACGGAAGAUGCCAAAAACGAACGAAAUGUUGCAAAAAUUAUAAAACAAUUUCAGGAGGGCAAAUCGAAUGAAAUCUCCGAAAUUAAUAAUAAGUCUGACGUCUUGCGAAACUUGCCGGAUCUAUUUCUAGGAUAUGACAAAUUAUUAUUCAAAGAUUUGGAGAAUAAUUUCAUUCCUAAUCAUAUUUAUUAUAUGUGGUGUUACAACCGUACAAUUGAGUUCAGGCAAUAUCUAUCUAUACUUGCAAUAUGGAAAACUAUGAGACCCGACUCUAUUACCCUCUUUACAAGAUAUAACAUUACUGACAGCAACGAACAUUAUAAUUUUUGGCUUACAGACCUAUUAGUAUCGAUUCCUAGUUUCAAGGUUCAGAAACUUCCACCGUCUUCUAAGGAUGACGUAGAAGGUUGUGGAAUCAGUGUUGCGUUUGAUAUAUUAGAUCAUGAUGGCGGAAUAUACUUCUCAGAUGAUUUCUUUCCAUUAAAAUCUUUACGUUUUAUUCGUAAAAAUAAAUUUAAUGUUGCCAUGACGAAAAACAUGAAACAAUUAAGUUUCGUCUCUUCUUCUCGUCGAAAUGACAGACUCAAAUCAUUUAUCAAACUGUACAAAAACAACAUUAGCCAACCCUUAGUCACUGGUCUUCAUUUUUGUGACAUCCUUGAAAAUGUUAAUAAAUCCAUUUUGCAGAGUAAACUUUGUGUCCACGUCCGAAAUGUGUUACCUGCACAAAUAAUGCAUGCAGAUUCUGAGUUUGGAAGAUCAGCACGUCGGAUUUUAUAUGGUAAUUCAGAACAAAUAAAGGUGAAACCGUUACUCCCAGGAGUUAUACCAAAGAUUUUCCACAUGGUAUGGUUCGGACAUAAACCAAUGGACUUUACAAUGUAUUUGUGCUUGAGGAGUAUUUUGACAAUUGUUAAACCUGACAAGGUAUACAUUCAUGGCGAUGGACUAAUGUAUGGCGAGUAUUUACAAAAGAUAAAGAAGGACCCGAGAGUGGUUUACAUACACCGAGAAACACCAACCCAUGUUUUUGGACACCAGAUUUUGUACACGCAGCAUAGAAGUGAUAUAAUAAGAGCAGACGUUUUGCUAAAAUAUGGAGGGAUUUAUAGUGAUUGGGAUGUCCUAUGGUUGAAGCCAGUUGAUGAUUUAAUUUCAAAACAGCAUGACACAAUUUUAAACCUUGACCACAUGCCUCGACCAGGAUUUCCAGAUUCAAUUAAUUUAGGAGUUUUAAUGUCGAAACCUGGUUCACAUUAUAUCAAACAUUGGCAAGACUCGCUCGUAAACUAUAGAUCACGUGACUUUUUCUUCAACGCUAUUGAACUCCCUUACAAAACAUUUGAAAAAUACCCUGAAACUGUUUUCAUCGAACCUCAUUUACAGGUUAUGUGUUACUAUCUAAAAUGUCAUCCAACUUUUCACCCUCAGUUUAGAAAUUUCAAUGUUGAACAACCAUUUAACUGGACAAAAGAUGCAUAUUCAAUACAUUUUACAUACCCCGAUCCUCCGGAAUAUGCCAAUGAGACUGCAUUAAGGCAUGGUAACGGAAUGUUUGCUGAUAUAGGCAAUUUUAUACUAGAACAGCCAUUUGCGUAUGACUAAAGAAAUCAGUAUGUUUUUUAACGUUAACUUGAGUUCUUUUUUUUACGGAUACCUAGAAAUGUGCAUUUUAAAGUCGAGCAAAACUGAAAAUGAUGGGAAAUAAAAAAAAAAUGAAAAAAUGGAAAGCAAAAAGAAACACAGAAAGAAGUUAAAUCAAUAGUAAUGUUGACAUUGUAUAUGGUAUGCAAACAAAAUCAACAAGUGUUGUAGAAAACACGGAUUCUUUUAAAUUUUUACAUAUCUUUCUGUUUGCGUGCCAUUUUUGUGAUGCAUAAUGUAUGGUUUAUUUAUUGAUAUGUCGUUACCCUGAGACACAUUAACGUGACGCUGCGGCUGCCAUCUAGUAUACUAAUUUGCAGAUUACAUCACUUUAAAAAUGAAUCGAAGCUAGUGGUAUUCUCAAUUACUGAGAAUAAAGUGAUAAGGACACGCGAUGUAUAUGUCCAUUGUACUGCAGACUAGAUUUAUCAGAUUGAACUAUGUCACAGAACAAUGUAGAGUGAUAGGAAUUCAAGGGCUUUUGAAAAAAUAUGUGAUAAAAUGAACUAAAUAUGACUGCAACAUUUUUUUCUUUUAAGAGUAUCAAUAUGAAAAUCAGGAGAUGUGAUAUAUGAUUUUCAUUGUUCAUAUGAUGAAAAUAUAAGCAGUGACACCUUACAGCCUUUAUAUUAACAACGAGAAAACCCCAUACCGUAUAUAGUCAUCUAUAAAACGCCCCGACAUGAAAAAUGUGAAACAAUUCAAACGAGAAAAUUUACUUCCUAAUUCAAAACAAUACAAUGUUUUACUUAUUUUUGUGUUUUAGAUGUUUGAAUAAACUAACUAUUUCCA